ACUUUCACCAAUUUCUGAACUACGAUUCUCAGGGAUGGGAACGACUGCUGGCGGGCGAACUACGUUGUAACCGGCAAAGAUUUCUGCUCCGAAACCCCACUGCCUUUGGCAUACGUCUGGUGUUUUGUGGUUUAUGGAUGCUUCUCAUACGUACGGGGCUCAAGAUUUCUGUCGCUGGACUUUGCAGCUUACUGAGAAGACCUCAUGUGAAUUUGAUUUCACGAGUAAUUCUGUUCUGUGUUUAGCCCUGUCUUAACAUUAACAAACAAGACACGUAGAUUGUGAAUUUAUUUGCAGUUUAUUUUCCAGUGGUAUCCAUUUGGCUAAACACAGUCUUUUAUUGGUAGAAGACUGACCGAAAAUUUCAAAGUUCAAGAGGAUCGUUGUCAGACUGAAGAUCUGAGACAAGUGGAAAAGUGCAUUUUCAGUAAAUGACUCACUAUGACCUACUCGUGACGGACCGGCUCUCCGUACAGUGGGUUCCCUCCGUUAUUCGCCGUCUGUGUUAUAACUUUUGCGUGUUUGGGGGGAUUUCCGCACGGAAAGGAAUAGCCUAGCCGUCUGGCAGGACAUCUAUGACCAUGUUGCUAUCGCGCUUGCUUUUUGAACUUUAAUAGCCUCGAGUCUUUCUAAACUAUACAGCUAAAGAGCAUCAGGCUUUCGAGGACACUCGUGUAGUCGUUUGCGAUUAUAGGCAACUAGACAUUUUUUCCAACUCUGUAGGAAGUGGGAAGCGCCUCUCAGCUCAUCUUGUUUUCCCAAGACGUCAGGACGGAUCCCUAUCUCCUCCCCGCGCAACGGAGUCAGAAUAUAUCUGCUGUUUAACCAAAGUGUUGUAGGAUAGCAUGGCAAUGGUAGUAAACCAGUGGCAAGAGAACAUUUCGGCCGAUCCCGGGUCUCAACUCCAGAUUUGCAGUCAAGAGCCCGGUGGAACGCCGGGAACGCCUGCUGGUUCCACCCCGGGCAACGAUGCACUUUCUGGGGACAAAAUUCCCAACGUGGACUGCAUGGUGUGUGGAGACAAGUCCAGUGGUAAACAUUAUGGCCAGUUCACAUGCGAGGGUUGCAAGAGCUUCUUCAAGCGCUCAGUGCGAAGGAACCUGACGUACACCUGUCGGGGAAACCGUGAUUGUCCUAUCGACCAACAUCACCGAAAUCAGUGCCAGUACUGCCGCCUGAAGAAGUGCUUGAAAGUCGGCAUGAGGAGAGAAGCAGUCCAGAGAGGUCGUAUGUCCAACUCACAGACCAGUCCCGGACAGUACCUGACCAAUGGCAGCGACCCUUACAACGGACAGCCCUACCUGUCAGGCUUCAUCUCCCUGCUUCUCAGGGCUGAGCCCUACCCCACGUCCCGGUACGGGGCCCAGUGUAUGCAGUCCAACAACCUCAUGGGCAUUGAGAACAUCUGUGAGCUGGCCGCCCGGCUACUCUUCAGCGCUGUGGAGUGGGCCAAGAACAUCCCCUUUUUCCCCGACCUGCAGCUCAUGGACCAGGUGGCAUUGUUGCGCAUGUCGUGGAGUGAGCUGUUUGUGCUGAAUGCUGCUCAGUGCUCCAUGCCCCUGCACGUGGCACCCCUCCUGGCCGCAGCGGGCCUGCACGCCUCCCCGAUGUCCGCCGAGCGCGUGGUGGCCUUCAUGGACCACAUCCGUGUCUUUCAGGAGCAGGUGGAGAAACUGAAGGCCCUGCAGGUCGACACGGCCGAGUACUCCUGCCUCAAGUCCAUCGUGCUCUUCACCUCCGAUGCCAUGGGUCUAUCUGACGUGGCCCACGUGGAGAGCAUCCAGGAGAAGUCCCAGUGCGCGCUGGAGGAGUACGUGCGCAACCAGUACCCGAGCCAGCCCAACCGCUUCGGCCGCCUGCUGCUGCGGCUGCCCUCGCUGCGCAUCGUCUCGUCGCCGGUCAUCGAGCAGCUCUUCUUCGUGCGCCUGGUGGGCAAGACGCCCAUCGAGACCCUCCUGCGGGACAUGCUCUUGUCCGGCUCCAGCUACAACUGGCCCUACAUGCCUGCCGUCCAGCGUGACCGCCCCAUCUCCCUGCAUUACAAUGAGAAUGGGCCUUGAGCUGGCCCCUGUGGGGGGUGGGGGGGGAUUCUGUGCCUGGCCUCCUGACUGCCCCCUCCUGGCCCUGGCCUCACGUUGCGAGGACUGACAUGAGUGACAAACAGUUUUGAGACCCCUUUGGGCCCACCACGGCGGUGAGCACUCUCAUCCACCAUCAUCAGCACUCACUCGCUAUUCUGAUGCAAGCCGGGGCGACUCAACUGAUUUUCUGCUGUCGCCCGCCGGGGGGGAAUGGACCCCCAUCCUUCACUGAAGUCCAUCAGACUCUCAUUACUUGUGUUGUUUUUAUAAAUAGACGCUCAAUGCCGGUCCCCACAUGAGUGGAGACAGAUUUCAGAGGACCUGACCGAACGGCUUUGAGCUGACUUGAGGAGGCCUGAUUCCUGAUUUUUUUUGCGAAUGAACCAGAAGCCAUUAAAAGUACCAAUGCCAAAACUCUUUUUUUUCUCUUUUUUUUUUUGUAAAACCAGGACAUUCAGAGAGAAUAAUCUCAUUGUCUGUUUGGGGGCCUUCAGAAAAAUGCUCAGCUAUUAUUUUUUUUUUAACUGAAACUCAAGAUUGUGUCCAUAUGUGUGGUGCACUCUGGCAGCCAGAGCAAGCAGUGUGAUCACAGCAGCUGAGGUUGGAGUGGGGAGGUGUGGGGGGGGUUGGGUUGGUGUGUGUGUGUGUGUGUGUGUGUGUGUGUGUGUGUGUGUGUGUGUGUGUGUGUGUGUGAGUGUGUGUGUUCGGGGGGUUCGAAUCUCCUAUUGUGUCCAAGUGGAGGCAGAGAGACAAACAAGACUCUUUCGGGACACAUUUACGUAAAAAGAAAGCCAUUGCCAAAGCCGAAGCGGCAAAGGAACUGUUUGGAAUGUUUUGUGGUAGUGGUGACAAAAAAAAAGACUUUCGGUUUGUUUUCCGAGUUGCCCUUAUUUGUAUUUUUGGGUCUCUGAAGAGGUUGGAAGCUGUGAAAAGAGGCACUUGAUAUUUGAAACCAGCCAGACAACCCCACCCUCCUCUCUCUCUCUUUCUCUCUCUCUCUCUCUCUUUCUCUCUGUUCUACUCUACUCAGCUAGCACCAAAAGUCCAGCACAACUAGAUAGUACUUUAGUCGCCAUGUCAAGCACAAAGGCCACCAUGUUAAUAGUGCUUAUUGGGAGUGUUAAUGCCUUGUUGUCUGUUCGAGGUAAAUAUCUGAACAAAUAUAUAUUGCCAACCAGUAAACCUCAGUGAGAAUGUCAGGUGACCUAUAGAGAGAGGGCAUCUUGUGUAGAAUAGAUAUUAUCUAUUGUAACCAUUUUCUUAUCCAUAUAGAAUCAAUUGGAGUCGGAUGUCAAAACAGUCUCACAUUCAAACAUGGCACUACAGUUUGCAAAGGCAACAUUUGGAUACAAAAGCCAUUGGGACCUUGAGAAUCAGGACCUUUUGUUGUAUUAACUCACAAAAUAUUUCUAUAAGAGUAUGUUUUUUUUCUGUAUUUUAGGUUUUGAAAAAUGGAUCAAUGAAUGAUAUAAAAACUGUCAUUCGGUUA